UUUUCAUUAUAAAUACUCUAGGCAGAGAGAUCUAGAAAAAAAAUAAAUCACAAAAAAUAAAACUGUGAAAAUGUUUCAAAGUUUUGUAUUUGUAGAGGAAUCUUCAAUUAUCACAGCAAUAACUGUGAUAACUUUUUUGUUUUUAGCUUAUUUGGGUGUUUCUGAAAUUGCUGGAAAACAUCUUCAAUACUCCAAAUUUUGGAAUGUUAAUGCAGAUUCUGGUUCAUCCAGUAGUAAUUUUCUGCAGGGGAAAAUGUCUAGUAAAUUAGGGAUGUUUAUAUUGUAUGCACCAGCUUGUUUUAUGGGUUUUGCUUCAUUUUUUAUGUACCCAGAUGGUGGAACUAGGUUUAUGUUGCUUCAAUCUGCUGUUACUAUACAUUUCUUCAAAAGGGUUCUUGAGGUUCUGUUUGUUCACAAAUACAGUGGUGGGAUGAUUCUUGGAUCAGUACUCCUUAUUUCGUCCUCCUAUUUUAUGGUUGCUGCAGCCAUGAUCUACAUCCAACACUUAUCUCUACAAUAUAUGGAGCCUGAAAUCGAUCUGAAGUCUAUCGGUGUACUGAUAUUCUUAGUUGGAAUCAUUGGCAACUUUUAUCAUCAUUACCUCCUUUCCAAGCUCAGAGGCAGUAAAGAGAAAGGCUAUAAAAUUCCGCAAGGCGGCCUUUUCAGUAUGGUCAUAUGCCCUCAUUAUCUUUUCGAGAUUCUUGGCUUCGUAGGGAUCUCGUUCAUCUCCCAGACAUCGUUUUCGUUUUGCUGUGCUGUGGGUGUAGCUUUAUAUCUAUCAGCAAGGAGUAAUGUUACUAGGAAAUGGUACCUUUCUAAAUUUGAAAAUUUUCCUAAGAAUGUUAAAGCUUUGGUUCCUUUUGUUUUCUAGAGAAAAUGAUAAUUACUUUGUAUCAAAGUCCCAUCCUAUAAUAACACUUUUAUCAUGUAUGAAGUUGGGUAGCUGCAUAAAAUGUCACCUGGAAUAUAUCCGAACUUUGAUCGAAACUGCUGUAACAAUACUGAACUUUGGAAUUCUUUUUAUCCCUUGCACUAUUUAAUAGUGUAUUUUAAAGGUA